CUGCCUCCCGUCGGCGCUGAGCUGCAAUCCAGGCCCCGCUGCGGAGGGAGGCGCUGCUCUCGCCGCCGCUCCAGACAGACGCUCUUGGCGCCCGCCGCCCGCUCGUCCGGCCCGCUCAGUCGGUCGGCCGGCCCCGCGCCCCGAAGCCAUGGAGCUGGCGGACGGCGUGGUGUACCAGGAGGACCCGGGCGGCCCCGGCCCGGCCAUGAUGUCGGAGCGGGUGUCGGGGCUGGCGGGUUCCAUCUACCGCGAGUUCGAGCGGCUCAUCGGGCGCUACGACGAGGAGGUGGUGGCCGAGCUGAUGCCGCUGGUGGUGGCCGUGCUGGAGAACCUGGACUCGGUCUGCGCCCACAGCCAGGAGACCAGCGUGGAGUUGGAGCUGCUGCGGGACGACAACGAGCAGCUCCUCACCCAGUACGAGCGGGAGAAGGCACUGCGCAAGCAGGCCGAGGAGAAAUUUAUUGAAUUUGAAGAUUCUCAAGAACAAGAAAAAAAGGAGCUGCAGAUAAGAGUCGAAGCUUUAGAGUCACAAACUCGGCAACUUGAACUGAAAGCAAAAAACUAUGCUGAUCAAAUUAGCAGAUUGGAAGAGAGGGAAGCAGAACUGAAGAAGGAGUACAACUCUCUCCAUUCAAGACAUACAGAGAUGAUUCAUAAUUACAUGGAGCACUUGGAAAGAGCCAAGCUUCACCAACUGACUGGGGGUGAUCAACUAGAGCCCAUCAUGCACAGUAGAAUUAGCAGAAAGGAACGUCCUAUAUCACUGGGCCUCUUUCCACUACCUCCAGGAGACGCACUUAUUACCCCCGACGCUCAGAAAGGAACAGUGGAAACUCCUGGGUCGGAUAAUUGGAAGUUCCAUGAACUAAGUCAGCCACGUUCUAACACCAGUUUAAAGGAUGAACUUUCUGAUAGCCAAGCGGGUUCCAAAUCUACUACACCAGUAUCAACUGCGGCAUCAGAUGUUCUUGCACCGGCUGAAACUCCCCUGAACGAAGACAGUGAAGGACUUGCGAAGGACUUAGAUACAGGGAACAAGAAACCGGACAUAAGCAAGCACAUCGAAGUACAAGUAGCUCAAGAAACACGAAGUGUAUCCAUCGGUUCUAAUGAAAAUGAAGACAAAUCUGAAGUCCAGGCAAUCAUUGAAUCCACCCCAGAGCUGGAUAUGGAUAAAGACCUUAGUGGAUAUAAAGGUUCAAGCACUCCUACCAAAGGCAUAGAGAACAAAGCAUUUGAUCGUAAUACAGAAUCACUCUUUGAAGAGUUAUCUUCUGCCGGCUCUGGUCUGAUUGGGGAUGUGGAUGAAGGAGCCGACUUGCUGGGAAUGGGCCGUGAAGUAGAACACCUUAUUUUAGAAAACACACAACUGCUAGAAACCAAAAAUGCCUUGAAUGUGGUGAAGAAUGACUUAAUUGCGAAAGUGGAUGAACUAUCCUGUGAGAAAGAUGUACUGAAAGGAGAGUUGGAAGCAGUCAAACUAGCCAAACAGAAGCUUGAAGAGAAGAAUAAGGAGUUGGAGGAGGAACUUCGAAAGGCCCGAGCAGAAGCAGAAGAAGCAAGGCAAAAAGCAAAGGAAGAGGAUGAUAGUGAUAUUCCUACUGCUCAAAGGAAACGAUUCACACGGGUCGAGAUGGCACGUGUCCUGAUGGAAAGAAAUCAGUAUAAAGAGAGAUUGAUGGAGCUCCAAGAAGCAGUGCGAUGGACUGAGAUGAUACGGGCAUCAAGGGAAAAUCCAGCCAUGCAGGAGAAGAAGAGAUCAAGCCUUUGGCAAUUUUUUAGCAGGCUGUUCAGCUCUUCAGGUACCACCGCUAAGAAACCAGAACCACCAGUGAAUGUUAAGUACAAUGCUCCGACCUCUCAUAUAACUCCAUCUGUCAAGAAAAGAAGCAGCACUUUAUCUCAGCUCCCUAGUGACAAAUCAAAAGCCUUCGACUUCCUCAGUGAAGAGUCUGAGGCAAGUCUAGCCUCACGUAGAGAGCAGAAGAGAGAACAGUACCGCCAAGUGAAAGCACACGUUCAAAAGGAAGAUGGCAGAGUGCAAGCUUUUGGUUGGAGUCUUCCUCAGAAAUACAAACAGAUCGUGAAUGGCGGCGGUCAGGGUGAUAGCAAGAUGAAGAAUUUACCUGUGCCUGUUUACUUGAGACCUCUUGAUGAAAAAGAUACAUCCAUGAAGCUGUGGUGUGCUGUAGGAGUGAACUUAUCAGGAGGGAAGACAAGAGAUGGAGGUUCUGUGGUGGGUGCCAGCGUCUUCUACAAUGACAUAGCAGCUCUUGAUGCCGACAGCAACAAACAGAGAAGUGCAUCUCAGAGUAGCCUUGAUAGAUUGGAUCAGGAACUCAAGGACCAGCAGAAAGAACUGAAAAAUCAGGAGGAACUGUCAAGCCUUGUUUGGAUCUGUACCAGUACUCACUCUGCUACAAAAGUAAUCAUUGUGGAUGCUAACCAGCCGGAAAAUAUCCUAGACAGUUUCAUUGUUUGCAAUUCUCAUGUACUUUGUAUAGCUAGUGUGCCAGGGGCAAGGGAAACGGACUAUCCUACCGGAGAGGAAGGGUCGCAAGAAACAGACUCUGGCCUGGUGGACAAAUCGUCUUUGUGUAGCAGUAUGAAUAGCAACAGUUCAACAGAAACGGACAGUCUGUUAGGAGGAAUCACAGUUGUUGGUUGUACUGCAGAGGGCGUUACAGGACCUUCUGCUUCCCACAACGCCAACGGUGCCUCAUCUGAGGCAGAUAAACAGCCAGAGGUUGCAGCUGAAGAUGACGAUCCCGUAGAUGAGAAUGUCCAGACAGCCGAGGAAGCAACAGAGGCAACAGAAGUCAAUGCUGGUUCAGGAGAGGAAGGAGUAGAUGUUGCCCAAACUGGAGUCUACACGGAGCAUGUUUUCACAGAUCCAUUGGGAGUUCAGGAUACUGUAGAGGGUUCUCCAAACUAUCCGCCUUGCAGUGAAUCAGAUUUGUAUAAAGAUGUUGCUGUGUUGCCAAAUGAGCAGGAUCUUGUAAGGGAAGAAGCUCAGAAAAUGAGCAGCCUUUUACCAACUAUGUGGCUUGGUGCGCAGAAUGGAUGUUUGUAUGUUCAUUCUUCAGUGGCUCAGUGGAGGAAAUGUGUCCAUGCAAUUAAACUUAAAGAUUCUAUACUCAGUAUAGUACAUGUAAAAGGAAUAGUAUUAGUUGCCCUAGCAGAUGGAACUUUAGCAAUAUUUCACAGAGGAGUAGACGGGCAGUGGGAUUUGACCAACUAUCACCUUCUAGAUCUAGGCCGACCUCAUCAUUCCAUCCGGUGUAUGACUGUGGUACAUGAUAAAGUCUGGUGUGGCUACAGGAAUAAAAUCUAUGUGGUUCAGCCAAAAGCCAUGAAAAUAGAGAAAUCAUUUGAUGCACAUCCAAGAAAAGAGAGCCAAGUGAGACAGCUUGCCUGGGUGGGAGAUGGAGUAUGGGUGUCCAUUCGUUUAGAUUCUACACUCCGCCUUUAUCAUGCACACACAUACCAACAUUUACAAGAUGUUGACAUUGAGCCCUAUGUCAGCAAAAUGCUAGGUACUGGAAAACUGGGAUUUUCAUUUGUGAGAAUCACAGCUCUUAUGGUAUCCUGUAAUCGGUUAUGGGUUGGGACAGGGAACGGUGUUAUUAUCUCCAUACCACUAACAGAAACUGUAAUCCUCCACCAGGGACGUUUACUGGGGCUGAGGGCUAAUAAAGCAGCAGCAGGAUCGGGCAGCCGUCCAGGCAGUGUAAUACGUGUCUAUGGCGAUGAAAACAGUGACAAAGUGACGCCUGGAACUUUCAUACCUUAUUGUUCAAUGGCACAUGCACAGCUUUGUUUCCAUGGGCAUCGUGAUGCUGUGAAAUUCUUCGUCGCCGUUCCUGGUCAGGUUAUUUGCCCUCAGAUGGGAGGAGGUCCAGAUGUUUCGGGUGAUAAAAUGACACUCUCUGCACAGGAAUCCAACAACCAAGCUCCUUUGAAAUCCAUGUUGGUAAUAAGUGGAGGAGAAGGGUACAUUGACUUCAGGAUGGGUGAUGAAGUUGGUGAGUCUGAACUUCUCGGAGAGGCACUACAACUUGAACCUUCGGUAGCCAAAGCAGAGAGGAGCCACCUGAUAGUGUGGCAAGUAAUGUGCGGCAAUGAAUAACACCCCUGGCCCUGUGGAAAGCAGCUCGAGACUGCAAGAGCCUUCUGCAUGUCUUCGGUUUUCCUUUUAUUUUUUUUACAAAACCCUUUCACUACAUAUGGUUUGAGCAUUCCUUUGCCAUUGGCUUUAUAUCACAAAGCUCUCAAACCUUAACAAUACAAGAAUUGGCUUGUGCUGUUUUACCGCAUCAAUGUUAGGUAGCAAGAACAGAUCUGUUUCCCCCAGGCAAAUGAAAGCUCUGUUUAAUCUCCCACAGGCAGCUUUAUUGUUUGUACCAUCUUCACCUGUAGAAGAAUUUAUAUCAGUCGACGGGGUCACUUUUCUACCACAGAUUGAUUUUUAAAUGCUAGAAUGUCUUUUGUUCGUUUAUUGAGUAAAACAGGAAAGUUAUUUCUAGCAAAGUAUUUUUUGCAGUAUGAUAUGAAUUAUAAUCUUCAUUCUGUGCAUUCAGUGAGGGCUAAAAUGAAUUAAGUCUUUACAUGCUUGUUUCUAAUUCCCAUCAGUCUUGUUUACCCAGCUGCACUAAAUGUCCUUUGCUCAUAUCAAGAUUCUGAAGAAGACAGAGGUGGUUAUAUAGACACGGACUGAUAAUAGCUUGUUUCAUGAUUAAUUAACCGGAAGCGCAUAAGAUGAGAGCAGUACUGUCCCUUGAUGAUCAGGGUCAUGGUUUUUUUUGAAGGAAGAAUCUUUUCUGGGUUUCAUUCCUUUUUAUAUUUGGGUACAUUUUGAGUCAUCUCAAAGGACAGACUUAGGAUGGAUUUUGAAUUGCUUCUCUGCUCCAUGAGCAGAGGUCAGAUUGCUUUUUAGCAUACCUUUCAUCUUAGACCUUGGCCGGUCGCCUUCAUGGUCUCUUGUGGAGAAGGGCUCUAGCAGUAGGAGAGAACUAGCUGAGAGCCCCAACAGCACAUAUUACUUGGGUAAGCGGGGCGGGGCAGGGGGGAGCGGGGGUGGGGAAGGCAGUCCUUAUUAGGCCUAAAAUGCAUUGUUUUUCAUAAGCCAUUUAACUCGUGUAAUUCUUUAUGACAUUUUUCUUCUGUGGACUGAAUAAGCAACAGACUGACAAUUACUUGCAUUUUUGUAACCAUGUGGCUUUAGUAGGACAAUAGCACUGUACAAGGUCUGAGUGUCUCCCCCUGAGUCUGAAGAUACCAAGAAAUAACUUCAUACAACUAAUUCUGCCUUCUUGCUAUAUGUAAAAAUAUAUGAUAAACUUUGGGUUAAGUCUCCUCCUUUGCUGCAGAUUACCCAACUGAUGGCAAAACUCCGUUGAAUGCUACAUUUUUUAAAUUUCCUGAAGGUUAUAAAAGCUUCCCAAUAUUAUUUCAUAACUUAGAAGUAUAAAUUAAAAUAUUAUUACUCAGCUAGUGCCCACCAAGAGGCUGGGGUUAUUCCCAUUUAAUGGGGGCUGACAAUAUAGUUAAAUUACAGGAUAGGAAAUGUUCAAAAGUGUUUAAAAACAAAACAAAGAAAAAGAAAUAAAACUGUUUUGAAAAAUUGCCUAAACAUUUUUAUGCAAUAGGAGCAGUUUGUGAUCUGUUAAGGAAACAUGUAUUUAUAUAUAUAUAUACACAGUUAAUUUUUUAAACCAUGGUAAGCUGAGGUCUAUUGUGUAAAUAUUUAUUUAGGCAGAUUUUUUAAAGAUGUGCAUCUUACCUGAUAAAAUUCAGUAAAACUCCAUUCAGGUCUCUUGGUUAUAGAUUUAUAUGUAUAAAUACUUUUUAAGAGCAUAUUUUAUACACAACUGAUUGGUUCUGGUAAGUAUGUAUUUAGACCAUCAUGUGUGGUUAAAAAACAAUGAAUGUCUAAUACUUUGGUAGUAGAAUUCCCCCCCCCCUCCGGUAUGCCAAACGCAAUGAGUAAUCACAGUUUACUCUCAGAAAUUUUUAACCUGACUGAACUGUACUUGUAAAAUUCAGAAAAAGAAUCCUGAUCUAAAAAUUCCCUGACAGAUCCAGAAAAGCACGCGUUUUUUUUAGUGUUGAUCUUUUCAAACAGCAAACACACACACACACACACCAAACUCAUAUUGUGUUGUAACGUCAAGCACUUUUCUUAAAUAGGAGAGGGUUCAGCAGAAAACGUAACCGAGAAGCCUUCACAGCAUGUGACUCCAGAUGCAUCUGUAGGAUUGCACUGCAAGCUCUUCAUCUUGGGUAUCCAGUGAAACUCACUGUCUCUUCACAGUGAACCUAUUACUCUGAGCACUGCACCUCUGGACUCCUUAAUUGAAUGGGCUUGGUUUUCAGAGCUUUCAUGGGAAAUUGAAUUGUCACCUUCACAUUCCUGGAGAAAGAUCCAAAAGAUUCCACCACCACCCCGCCCCCCAACACACACACUUUAGAUAGUGCUUUUAUUUAAAAUGAUUGUGUUGUUUCUCUGAAGUGCUUCACUGCUUUCAAACAGAUGCAUCUGGGCAGCAUGUUAAUGUCUUGCCAAACGUGUUGGGUAAACUGCGCCAUUCUCUUCUCUUGCAUCAACUGCUGUCUACAGUCGAAGAGAUGAGAGUUCAGCAGAGACUUCUGGCACUACUGUCAGUGCAAGCAAGAGGCUGGCACCCAGCCCUUAUUUAAUUUUUAAAUGUCGCCCCUGUCCUAAAGAAUAGCCGAUUUAGAAGGUGGGUUUCAUCUCCGUUCACUGAGAUUUACACACUCCUUGUUCCUGAGCACUUUUAAGGGUAGGUGGUAAAAUGUGCUAAAUCUCAUGCAUCAGCUGCCUAAAAACGCAGUCUUGAGAAUGUCUUGUAUAUUACAUACUGAUCGUUUUUUAAAAUUCAGGAGUGGGAAUGAAUCCCUUGGCAGCUGACAGUUUUGUUAAUAGUUUGAGAGAGCAUUUCGAGCACAAAAAAUAUGCAGCACACGAUUUGUCUGGGGUAAAUGUGUCUUGCAUGGUAACUGGCAAAAUGAAAUUUAUAUAUCCUGCCAUAUUGUUCAUUUCUUGUAAGGUCUUCCUGCGUUGGAUCAGUUAGAGCUGGCAGAGUGUAGACACUUUAUCAUAGGCUGCCUUAGUAACUAAGAAAUGUUUAAUAAUCUUCUAAUAUGCUAACUGUUCUGAAGAACACAGUGUCUUGAAGAUAAUGUGUAACUGAAUAUUUAUUUCCAUGUGAGUAUUAUGAAAGUUACCAAAGGACUGAAACUGACUUGGCACUCUUGCAAUUGAACCUUGAGCUUAUAGGAUCUCCUGAAGAUCCUAAGUUUGUAAAAAUGACACAGAAUGAAAAACACACAUUCUUUGUGGAAGCUAACUUUAUUUUCCUAACAGGGUUAUGCCAUAUUGUAACAACCUUAAGUUGCACCUCAAAACAUUGUUCUAUACACUAAAUAUUUUUCUCUCCCUCUAACAAUUUCAUUGCUGUACAUUUCUCAAUCUUUUAAACAUGUUUUAAAACAUUUUAUGGUCUUUAAUUUUUUUGGAAAAUGUCUAGACACUUUACGCUGAAUUUUACUUGCCUCUGUAACCUUGAGAUGGAUACUGCAGCGUUAAACUUGCUGUCUGUUUAAAACUUGAGGCUUCUUUUCUGUGAGCCAGAAAAGCUCACGUAGCAGUGAAGUUAUUUCAGUAUUUAUUAUUGAAUCCUUGGGGGUUCAGAAUGUAACUUUGUACAUGAAAUAUAUAUAUAAAUAUGUAUAUG